UCAUCGAUAAGUUUGACUACGUCUUUGCAGAGAACGGCACGGUGCAGUACAAGAAUGGGCAGCUGGUCUCCAAGCAGGCCAUCCAAGACCACCUGGGGGAAGAGCUGCUGCAGGAUCUAAUCAACUUCUGUCUCAACUACAUGGCUCUGCUGAAGCUGCCCAAGAAACGAGGGACCUUCAUCGAGUUUCGCAACGGGAUGCUGAACAUCUCCCCCAUUGGAAGGAGCUGCACCCCUGAGGAGAGAGUCGAGUUCUCCGAGCUGGACAAGAAGGAGCGGAUCCGGGAGAAGUUUGUGGCAGCCUUGCAGAGGGAGUUUGCUGGCAAAGGGCUGCGCUUCUCUCGAGGUGGCAUGAUCAGCUUUGAUGUCUUCCCAGAGGGCUGGGACAAGCGCUACUGCCUCAACGUGCUCGACAGUGAGAGAUUUGACACCAUCCACUUCUUUGGGAAUGAGACAACCCCUGGAGGGAACGAUUACGAGAUCUACGACGACCCACGCACGGUGGGGCACAGCGUGCAGUGCCCCCAGGAAACCGUCCAGCGCUGCCGAGAGAUCUUCUUCCCAGAGAGGGCAAACGAGUGCUGACUGCCACGGCCCCCCAGCCCUGCCCCAUCCCCCCUUCUCCCCCUGCCAGGAAAAGCACCUUCAAUCGAGGAAUCUGCUCAGGG